GUCCCCUCGCUACCUACGGCCACGUUGUCGUGGCCAGUUCGUCCGCCAGUUAAUAAGUGGUGGUACAGACAUGAUCGGAACACAUCGAAACGGCUUAUAAAACUCGUCCGCUUCUGGAGUUACUCGUUCAUCUCGAGUGUCACUUCAAAUACCUGCGGUGGAAAAUCGUAGGGGCCGUGACCAAGCGAUAUCUGUCUAGGAGGAGCGGCAACACUAUCACCAUUUCGCAAGGACGAAUGCAUUACGACGAAUCCUGUGGAUUCUGUUCAUCUUUCAAGGCUGUGGCAAAUCGGCACCGACAUAUCAGCACGAUACGGGUAAACAACAUUCACAAUGCACUAUGAUCAUCACGGCAUCUAUCAGUGCUACCCAGCCAACUCGAUGGAUAAGUUCACCAACUUCCAGCGGCUACCGGCCGAGCUGCGAAACAUUAUAUGGGAGUUCUCUUUGCCAGAACCACGGGUUUAUGAGAUUUUGGACGCACCAAACUCGAAGCGAAAGACCCCUCCCCAUGAAGGUUUGAUGUUUGCCAACAUCCAUCCAGAACCUCCGCCAGCCUUAGCAGCCGUGUGUCAUGAGAGUCGAUCUUUUGUUCUUCACAACUACAAGCCUCUAACAUUGGGGAGGACAACCAAAUAUAUCGACCUGUCUCGAGACAUUCUCCUUCUUGAGCCGUACCUGCUUAUCAAGCGGCUUCACCGCACUCUCCAUUUCAUGAGUCAAAUUUCGUUUCUUCGAGACAACAUCAACCGCCUCGCGCUCGGAACAUCCUAUGGCAUCUACACGGGGAUUUGCCAUCCAGUGCUGAGCUGGAAGGUAUCCAAGACCAAUAUGGGAAAGUUGCUUACCAACCUGGCGAAGUUUCCACAGCUCAAGGUUCUCAUUUUCAUCGUUCACCAGGAGUUCCAAUUUGAGUUUGACUUCCGAUUUCCCGGCACCUUGACCUCUAUCCCGAACUAUCCGCUCCAACAUUCCGUUUCGACCACUCUGCAACCUCUCUUCACGAGCGGGCCCAGCGCCACUGGAUUUCCAUCUCCCAUCAGUAGCGUUAGUAGCAGCGUUAUUCUGCCUUCCAGGUCAUCAUCAAGCAAUCCUAUCCCGACGCUCGCAGAACCAGCCAGCAAUGGUCUCCAUUUUUAUUCCACCGUCAGCAAUAGCAGCAGCAGCAGCAGCAGCAGCAAUAAGAACACCAUCGCAACCCCCGGGAACCGUUAUAAACUACCAUACUCAUCACCGUUAUUAUUCCCGUCUCUCCCGUCGCUACCGCCACCGUAUCCUUUAUUCUCUCCGCAGGAUUCCCACUUGCCACUACCGCUCCCCCCCUUCCCUUUACUCCUCCAACAACAACAGCAACAGCAACACCAACAGCCUCUCCCGUCCCAACCACAACGGCCCCAACUAGUCCACCAAGCCUACCGCUUCAAAUUCGACAUCGAAGCGAACAUCAACCACGCCCCUCGACGCCCGCACCUUAACGAGCUGCUUUAUUACCCGCUUGUCAUAGACAAAGAGGAUGAUGGUGAUGGGGAGAAUUUCGAUUACUAUAACUUUAGUGAAGGCGGCAACGGCGGGAGCAGCAACAGCAACGGCAACUCAGGGUGGACAAACAACGAUCACGGCGACGACAACGACGACGACGAAGAUGUAAGGGGGGGUGUCAACAGAGUAGGAGGAGGAAGAGCAGGAGGAGGAGGAGGAGAUAGGGGAGGCGGAAGUGGAGGCGAGUGCUAUCAAGGGGGCGAGUUUGCUUUGGAGGUAUACAAGGGGUGGGGCAAGGGAGAUGAGGGGGGUGAGGGCCGUUGA